AUGGCUGGCACGCAGGCCAUCACGCCAGUUUCUCAAGUUCAAUGUGCCUGCCGACUGCCGGAUGCGCGAUACCCUUCAGGACUAUACCGAAAAAAAGUCACAGUUCCGGCGCGGACUGUCGAUGAAGACGAUCUUAGACUCGGCGCGCUGCGGGCUGGGAUCAACGCCGUCGCCAAUAUGUGCAAUGAAACUGAAACAGCAUUACUGUCUCAGUUCCUUUGUGAAUGGACUGUCCCGGCCGACAUCGUUGAUCUUGCUGCUGCCCUGCCUGGCGUUUCCGCAAUGAUUGACAGCGAGUCAAAGAAGCUGACGGGUUUGAGAAACUUGUCCGUUACCACAAGACUCUCGACACAGACCAACGCAGGAGUCUCGACUUCUGCAACAGCCAAGUACAAGCUUCCAGAAGAAAGAGAAAAGCCCAAACGAGACACGUCUUUCAAACACACUGGCAUAUCCGAGGGCAACAACCCCAGCAGCUUUGUCGAAGGUCAAAACCCGGCGAGAAUAAACAAGGCGACGACCUUGCUAUCUGGUGUAACAAGGAGUAUUUCUGCAGAAACAGGCAAAGAGCUCAGGGUUGUUCGUCUCAACACUUUGAAUCGCGAGAAGAAUGUCAUAGAAUGCGGUUUACGGAUCCUCGCAAGCCACUGGAAGCAGAGUCCCCCAUCCGUCAUAAGCAAAGAGUCGUUUGUCAAAAAAGUUGAGGAUAGAGGCAUGAAGGAGGAUAUGGAGUAUGAUAUGGAGCAGGGCGUAUUGAGGACGCAGCCCGCUCCUGGCGGCUCAGUUUAUGUGAUUUUCUCUUCUCGCUGAGGAGGUAAGUGACGGUCCUCCUACCAUCACGGUCGACUUCAGUACGGGCGGGGAUAUUCAUCAGAAGGAUAAAGGAGUUGUUUGUCGCUUUCCAUUCGUUCUCCUUAUCCCCCAACCAACUGUCCUUCUCGUUGAACAUUUGUUUGACUCCCUCAGUCUCGAUGGUGACAUGGUGAUAUCUAGCUAAAGCUUUGGCCACACUUUCUACGCUUGUAAUGUCUAGGAUCUCAUCCCAACGAGGCAUAGCCCAGAGGUAGAAAUGCAGAGUAAGGAGGAGCCCUGAAAGCUAUUGUCGUUGAAAUGAUAUUGACAAGGUCGGUGACUGCAAUCCUAAUCGAAUAAUGGAAAAAUAAAGUCCAAGGAG